CGGUGCUAACUGUUAUUUGUCAUUUUCAAGCCCGGAUGAAAGUUACAAUUGCAGUGUCAGAUCACUAGUAUUAAGUCGCCCAUUAUUUAGUCAUUCAUUAACUGGAGCGUAAGGGUCGGGGUGGGGUGGGGGGAUUGAGAGAAUGGACAGUUUCCAGAAAGUAGAGAAAAUAGGAGAAGGAACGUACGGUGUGGUUUAUAAAGCCAAAAACAAAGACACGGGAGAAGUGGUGGCCCUGAAGAAAAUCCGACUUGACACGGAAACUGAAGGUGUGCCAAGUACAGCAAUACGAGAAAUCUCCCUUCUCAAGGAACUGAACCAUCCCAACAUAGUCAAGUUACUUGAUGUCAUUCAUACGGAGAAUAAACUCUAUUUGGUCUUUGAGUUCCUGCAUCAGGAUCUGAAGAAGUUCAUGGACGUCUCUUCGGUCACUGGGAUCCCAUUGCCACUCAUCAAGAGUUACCUAUUCCAGCUGCUGCAGGGUCUCGCAUUUUGUCAUUCUCACCGGGUGCUUCACCGGGACUUGAAGCCCCAGAACCUGCUGAUCAAUGCCGAAGGUGCGAUUAAACUAGCUGACUUUGGACUCGCGCGAGCUUUUGGUGUACCUGUUCGCACGUACACCCAUGAGGUUGUCACACUGUGGUAUCGUGCCCCUGAGAUCCUCCUGGGAUGUAAAUAUUACUCUACUGCAGUCGACAUCUGGAGUCUUGGCUGCAUCUUUGCUGAAAUGAUCACAAGGAGAGCCUUAUUCCCUGGAGACUCUGAGAUAGAUCAGCUGUUUCGCAUAUUCCGAACCCUUGGAACACCAGAUGAUUCCAUCUGGCCAGGAGUGACGUCCAUGCCCGAUUACAAGCCCACAUUUCCAAGGUGGAUUCAACAGGAUCUUAGUAAAGUGGUCCCCCCUUUGGAUGAUAUUGGCAGGGAUCUGUUGGCGCAAAUGCUUCAAUAUGAUCCAAGCAAGCGCAUCUCAGCGAAGAGUACCCUGUCCCAUCCCUUCUUCCAAGAUGUGACCAAACCUGUCCCUCACCUUCGAGCUUAAAGUUCAGCCUAUCAAUUGCUGCUCUGAGGAAGUCUCAUGAAGGGAACUGACAAAAGUGUUUAUUUAUACUGUCUGCCCAGUCGUUAUUCCCAGAAGUGCCAAAGAUCCAUUAUUUGCCACUAUCAUCUUUGAGCUUUUAUUUACAAAUUCCAUCUGAUCUUUGUGAACAUUCAAAUUUAACAUUUUUUUAAAAUAUUGAAUAUUCUUGCAUUCCUUUGAUAAAUGGAUGACCUCCAGUUACCCUACCUCACGGGAGUAUAAGCAACAGUUUGAAAGCUUCUGGAAAGUGGCUGUGAAUCCAUUGUAGUACAGAGAGACAGAAUAAUUGUGCAUUUGUGCUUUAAGUCUCUGUUCCUAAAAUGUGUUGUGAUUAUUUUGACCAAUUAACCAAAAUAAUUUUUAAAAAUCUGACAUCUUUUAAUCUAAGAGAAAACUAAUCUCUGUUAAAGAAAUAAUCUAAUGGCUCAGAGGUGUAAAUCUCCAUCUCUGAGCAACACAAACCAAACAGCUCAUAGUAUGAUUCUUCAUAUUUCCUGAUUUCAGUCAGGGUUCCACAAUUGGCUUGGUUGGGAGAGAUGAAAAGGCCAUGACUUCACUUCACUUGUUAUCCAACAACCUCGCUGGCGAUUUGCAUGUAGGAAUACAUAACAUGAAUGCAACAGUCCCUUCAAUUGGAUGUUUAACCAACAUUCAUUAUCCAGUCUGGCGUAUGAAGAGUGAUCUUUUAGACAAGGUAGAAACUACUCAGUGAGCUUGAAGAGUGAGUGGAGAAGGGAUUAAGUAACAGGAUGAUGAUUUAUUGAAUAAUUAAACUAGACUGUGCUGUUGGUCUAUUGUGAAACUAAGCCACAAGGAAAUCUGGGUGCUAAGUUAGCUCAUCUCAGCUAGUUUUGCAGUGAGGUCACAGUAAUUAAUCAGAGUUUUAUUUAGUAAGAUGAACUUGGGUCACCAUUUGGGUGUCUCCGGCACAGAAUGUGUUAGUGUGAACAUUAGGUGAAGCAUGGCGAGGAAGGUAAGAGAUGGGAAGUAGUUAGUCCAUCAAAAGACAAAUGUAAAUUUAUUAAUAAUACUUUAUUAUAAUUAACUUGACUAGUAGUGUGUUCACCUAGCAGAUAUGUUAUAGUUAUAGCAGUUAGUUUCUUAUGAUUAGUCAGGAUGGUCACUUUAGAUUAGUACACCAUGAUUAAGUCUAGAUUUCAGGUGCUUUUGUCUCUCCCUGCAGGAACAUGACUGCUGUCGUUUAGUCAUGUAACAGCUGCCCAUACUUGUGGGAUCGACUAUGCAGUAGGUCCAGGUGGUGAAUUGGUCCUUCUCUUUCUUACUGGUCUCGGUCAUGACUCAAUUUGGGAUGUUGCAACAAUUUCAAGAAGCAAAUGCUGGUCUUGCAUUAGUGAAGAAUUCGGAAAGGAAUAGAGAAAGCACAAGCAACAUGCAUGAUAAACAGUAUUCAUUUGCACAGUGGAUCCAUAAGCUAAUGGUCAGAUGCUAAAUUUGCAGGAAGCUUCUAAAUCAUUUAGCCUUUAAUUCCUGUUUAUUUACCUUAGGUUGAAUAUCCAGUUCCACAAAAAGCUUAAUUAGGACUUCAUAGCUUAUGAUGUCACUUAAAGAUAAUAAUUAAAUAUGCAUUUUUGAACCUUUUUAAACUUUUAAUUUGUUGUAUGCAUCUCCUAAUUGUAGGCCAGCAAAGGGCAAUUUUCCAGUGUUUUGAGACUGGUUAUAAAUAUUAUUAGCUCCUCACAAUAUCACCUGAAUUCUUAUGAAAGUUUAAACCAGCACUUGUGCGCGUGAACACAAUCUGACUGCUGUUACUUUGGACUGAUUUGUAAUUAAUUGGCCUGCAGUGGUGCUUCAAAUUCAGUGACAAUGUGUCUUGCAACUCAAACAUACUAGACAAUUAUACUUGUGUACAGCCUCUGCUGUGCUUUGUUAGUGAUUUUCAGUUUGCCUAAUGGUCAAUGCAACUAGUCCCUCAACAUGUCGUAUACUAACAUGGUGAAUAAGCUGAUGAAGACACCAGCAAGGCCUAAAUUGCAAAACUACUUCCCUGUGACGUCCACAAAUUGGUCAAAAUUAUGGUCACCUAAUAAUUCCCAAGCUUUGUCAAUGGGUCUUGGGAAAAUCUUGGAUGCAGCAACUUAUUCCAGAAUUAUUUUCCAGCUUGCAGAUCUCUAAGGGAGAAGAAAACAGAAUGAAAUUAUUGAUAAAUUAUGUAAAGUGAUUAAGCCAAGAGGGCUCUUAGUGAUAAAAGCCAUUGUUCAGUAAGAAAAUGAGCAGCACAAUAAGGAAAAUCCCUGGUUUAGUCCUUGCCUGUACUGAUUUAGAUUAUGUUGGUACCUGAAUUAGAAAAGAGGGCUAACUGCAGUAAAUUUUAUUUCGUGUUCCAUUAUGAAGUUUCCCAGCCAUCCACUCCCACCUUGGUUCUACUUGCCUUAUGCUGCAGUAACUAAUCUAUUUCAAACCAAGGCUUAUCUGGGUGUAUAUGUUCAAACAGCUAUCUGUUUUAUAUCUUUAAAGAUGUAUUCAGAUUUAUUAUCUUAGUUAAGGAAUGUUGUACAUUCUGGUUCUCUUGGUGACUUUUCUGUGUUCCUUCUCUUUGAGACACUGCCUUGCUGUACAGCCAGCCAAGAUAGUGAUCUUAAAUGUAGUGCUUACUAUUAUCACCAAAUUUUGAGUCCAUGGAUUAGCUUUGGUUUGAUUUUCUUUUAAAACUCUGGGAUUCUUGAGAUUUGCAAUUACCAUGUUUUGAACUUUUGGAAAAUUAAAAAUAUUUGUAGACUAAAUUAUUUGUCACAGAAAAAUUAAAAACUAUCCUGUAACACCUACUUUUGUCUGCAUUUUAUGUGAACCAGUAAGAGGGCACACAUUUUUGUCUCCCUUUUAUGCU